CUUUUUCUCGUGUGCGAUAGCUUAGCCCAGAGCAGAUUCAUAAUCAGCUAAGCAACUUUUUCUUCCUCAUUCGAGCCGAUAGCCUGAUCCUGUGGACGGACUGUGCUGGGUAAGCCGGCGUUCAAGGAGUUGUCGUCCACUCUACCUUGCGCUAUGGCUUCGCCAGCUGUUUCCAAGAUGCCACCCCUGCAAAUACCUUCUACAGCUCCAAUGAGUGGUGGGCCGAAGUCCGCCGCUGCGUUGGACUUUGAGGCUCUUACGUGGAGAGAUGCCGUGAAUAACUUUCGAAUGCAAAGCGAUCACAAAGCGCAAAGGCUUGAGGAAUUCCUGAAGUCGUACACCACGCCACAGGCGGUAUCGCAAACGCUUCGAGAACGGCAACGUGAGAUUCCGACGCAGUAUGGCCCGGUUGUGUCGAAAGUCCUUGGAAAGAUCGACAUCUUUCUGGCAGCUGGAGACAUUGCCGUUAAAGGGGCACCGGAGAGCGUGGGACUCGCCUGGACUGGGAUAAGCUUGGCUUUGGGUAGUGUCCAGGACGACUUCGCGACGUUUCAACUGUUUAGCGGAGCAUGCGUCGACAUUAUCGGAAUAUUGGUGACAUGCAGGCUCUUUGGACGUAUGUUCUCCCAGUCGAAAGGCCCGCCGGAACUCUACGAGAUACAAGAUCAGGUCCGCAUCGCGAUUCCAAAGAUAUACGCCAAAAUUCUGGAGUUUUCGUAUCAAAUGUUCAAGUAUAUGGAUCGAAACAAGUUCUUACGAAUGACACGUGGCGUCUUGAAAAACAACAAGGAGGAAUUCAGCGGCGCUAUGAAAGAUAUCAAAGAAGGGGAGAGAAUCAUGUCUGAAAACGCAACCAAAGCUUCCCAGGCCCUAACCUCGUUUUGGCAGCAGAAAAGCGACGACAAACAGAAUCAAAUGCUCGCGGAACUCAAGCAGAUUAGAGACAAAUUGAGCGAGUCUACAGCAACGUCAAAGGAGAUCAAUGACUACCUUCAGAAGGAACUUGAGGAGCAACGAAGAAAAUCGCCAAUGGAUAUAGCUCGCGAAGCAUACGCUAAACAUAAACAAACUCUCAGAGCUUUGGUUGACACGGAGGCCAUGCUGACGAAGCGUAAAAUCGCGCGAGAAGAAGGCACUUGUCAGUGGAUAUUUGAGACAGAGGCUUACCAAAGGUGGCACGACUCGGCCGGCUCCAGCAUCUUGUGGGUUUCUGGCGGCGGUAACAUGGGCAAGUCUGUUCUCAUUUCCAGUGUGAUCGAACGACUUCGUACAGAGACUAUCUCAAAUCCUGAGGAGCACACGAUGUUCUUUUUUUGCAAGAGCGGUGACGACAAUGCCCAGAAGACGGAGAGAAUUAUGGAUCAUUUGGUCUACUAUUUGUUCGACCUUGUGCCGAUGUCUCUUGAGAUUUUGGAUCGUUGCAACGACAUCGCUCGCCAAUAUCUGGCAGGGAGUAACGAGGGUCGCCGAAGAAGGAAGACUAUGCAACAAGAUUCUCCAGAAGCAGAGAAGACUCUAAACUUCGAGGAGGCUUUCCAGCGCAUGGCGGAAGUUCUCAAAAAGAAAUUAUUUCUGGUUGUCGAUGCAUUAGACGAGUGUUCCGAUCGCAAAGAGGAAGAAUUAAUCCAGCGACUUGCUGCUUUGUCCAAACGAAAGGACCUCAAGAUCAAAAUCCUGUUGACAAGCCGGCCAGAAGUAGAUAUAACGGAGGUCAUGGAUAAAUGCGACGUGCCCGAAAUACGAAUGGAAAAGUUCAACGAAGGCGAUAUAUUCAAGACCGUGGAGGCGCAGCUCUCAAUGAUUCCGGGGAUGACCUCCUCGGAGCGCAUAACAGCCCGAGAGCAGAUUUGUGGUCGUGCUGGACCUUACUUCGGAUACUUGAAACCCGCUUUAGAGCUACUUAGAAGACCGUGGCAACGCCCCAUCGAAGUGCAUUUACAAGCUCUCCCAGAGAACCUAUUGAACAUGAAUGCGCGGAUCUUUCAGAACACCGACCCCAGUUAUAUAGGGUUUCUCAAGACCUGUUUGACUUGGGUGAUUCUGGCUAAUGGCGAGCAAAAGAUGAAAAUAGAUGAACUUAUAGACAUCUACAGCCAAAGAUUCACCGUAAAGAGCGAUGAUUCAGACGUCGAAAACACAUCUCAGGAGGAACUGAGUGAUGAAGUAACCAAGUUUUAUAAAAAUAUGAUUCGGAAAGCAGGAGAGACCUUCCUAGACCUUGAUGAGAAAACCAAAGAGCUUAACUUGAUCAAGCCGGCGCUGGUGAAGGACAGCUUUUUGAAGACAAACGAGGAGGCCGAGAGAAUUCAGCAAAGAAGCCCAAGUCCUGACGCCUGUCAAUGUCAGCCGUGUCGGGCCAUGAAGAAACAAGACUCCAACUUCAUCCUUACGAAGAAGUAUGGACACCUUGAGAUAGCCACCCAAAUAUUCAAACAUCUCAAUUCUCCACUUUUCCAGAGGAUAUACUUGCCUUCCUUUCAAGUCAUGGACCAGCAGAAUGCAACAUCAGGAUCAUUAUCGUUUUCGCGGGCGUCCUCACCAAAGCCACCCGAGAAUGGUGGCGAGGGAAAUGACCCAGGUCCGAUCAUGGAGGAAGAAAGUCUUCACGUUAGAUCUGAAAUGACCAACAAGGUCGAAGAGAACGGGAAAGUCAAAGAAUUGUCUCGAGAAAAGGAUGCUAACGCCGCAACGGAAGACUCGAGCAAGGAUCCAAUCACUUACACUGAAAUGGCUGCUCAUGACCAAAUGAAUAACGCAGAUGUAUCAACAAAUGCAACGAGUACGACUAGUCCUGUGUUGCCACACAAGACUUCUCCUGAACUGGAGGAAUUGAAUGUAGAAGCAGAAGCAUCACUUUCUACUCCACAGGUCGACUUUGAAGAGGCGAACUUAACAUUUGAGAAGCAUGAAGCGCCAGAUCAUGUUUCUGACGUAAUGUCUGAUGCGGAUAGCGAUGUCUAUGAACCUUCACCUUCAGGAUUUGCGGCCAACACGGAUUCCGCGCCAGCGUAUCCAAGAUAUGAGAUCGCGCAGGCUAUUUACCACUUGCAGAUGGUGGAGGAUCAAUGGGCUGCAGAAGAAGAAAAACCACCCGAGUAUGAAGCCCUUUAUGAGGAUGUCCUCAAAUUUUUUGACAAUGCAAACGAAGGCUUCCUUGCUUGGAAGCGAGACGAGGGGGUCCGGCCAAACACAGUUUUCUCGGGCCAAUUCGAUACCUAUACCUUAACGCCACUUCACAUUGCUGCAGCGAACGGAUUGCUAGACCUAUGCCGCAGGAUAAUCGAGAAACAGAAACUUGACUAUGCACAGUGCAAGGACAAGGAGCGCUUUAGAAACGAACUACUAGAGAAGACAAGUGGAGGCGAAACUCUGAAUCUUGCCCCAAGCACCGCCUUAUCAAUAGAUACCGAGCCUAAGCCGGCUGCCGAAGAUGCAGGAAAAGAAAUCCGGCCGGAUGGGAUGUCCCCUGAUAUCUUUGCUGAGAUGCGGAGCGCGGAGAAGUAUUUUGAGCUCCACCGAUCAGAGACUGACGUUAAUGUUCUUUCAUCUAACAUGACACCGUUGUCAUGGGCCUGUAGGAUUUCCGACAACACUAAAAAGUAUAACGUAUGCAAGUUACUACUUGAGAAUGGCGCCUUGCCUGGCGUUGAGGCACUUCGCAGUCUCAAUGGAGAAAUGUUUGACGGUGAGCCCCCAUUCCAUUCUCUCAUGUAUUUUGGGGCCGCGGAACCCAGAAUCGUACAGCUUUUCCUAGAUCAUGGUGCCAGUGUCAAAGAGAAAGACCCUUGGGGCUUCAACGUGAUGCACAACUUUGCAUGGUCCGGGGAUGAUCCGGCAGUGCUUGACAUGUUGGUUGAAGCUGGGGCAGACGUCAAUGUGCGAGAUGAUGUUAAUGAAACUCCACUGCACAAAAUGCUUAGUUCUCGUGGAGAUGAGAUGCCUAUGAACUUACUGAAGAGGUUUUUGGAGCACAAUGCAGACAUUUUUGCGAGCGACAGAGAUGGCCAGCAGCCUUUAUUUGAAGUCGCAGGUGGUGGAAAUGUCGAAGCACUUAAGAUGCUGCUAGAACAUGAGCCCAAGCCAGAUAUAAAUCACAGAGAUGUUCAAGGGUGGACAGCGCUCCACAACGCUGCAAAUAGUGGCCAUCUGGAGAGUUGCAAGCUACUUUGCGCUGCCGGUGCAGAUCCGACGGUGGUGGAGGAGAAGAAUCGUACUCCAUUCUAUCUAUCAUGCAUCAACGACGACGUCGCAUUGACUGAUUAUCUGGCGCAGUUGCUGUUGAUCAGAAAUAGCAAACUCUUAGAUGAACGAAGCUCCCAUGGGAAGACAACCCUUAGAAAGGCAGCUGCACUUGGCCGAACAGAAAUCGUCAAACUUCUAUUGACGAAGUACAGAUCGUUCUUGGACAUCAACGCGGCAGAUGUGGUCCUUCAGUGGACACCGUUGCAUGCUGCCGCGUAUCUUGGUUAUGCCGAAAUUGUGGAGGCGUUACUUGAAAAUGGCGCCGAUACCAAAUGCAAGGACGUUAAAGGCCGAAUAGCUCUCACAUUGUCUUAUCAACAAUGGGAACUCUUGCAAAGCUCAGACGGCCCACGAAAUACCAGUUUUGAAAGCUGUAUAUUGGCGCUUAUUGAGGCAGACAGAGACUCUGCUAUAGCGGACAGAAACUUGCUUAGUGCUGCUGCACGAAUAGGCUCCAUGCCUGUUCUUGAAGCUUUGGUGCUCGCGAAGCCUGGUCGGCCGAGAGCAGAUCCAUUUCUUCGAGACGAAUUCGGAUGGACGGCCAUUGAAUUGGCGAGGCAGUACAAAAGACAGAUAGUGGUAGACUUCCUCCAACAGCAGUCGGGGACGACUUGCAAGUAUCCUGACCACUGGGUAAUCACGCAGCCAGACAAGACCCGAUGGAAUUCCGAAACAAAGGAGCUUGAAUAUACGAAAGAAGUAGAAGGAAUAUAUCCAUGGAGUGAACGAGUUACAGUCUUCGCGGAUGUUCCAAUCCCUGCUAACGUUGAACGAUAUUACUUCGAGAUAACGCUCGCAUUUGAAGAUCCCAAGAAAGCUGUAGAGCGUAGACACCUCGUGGCUAUUGGCGUCUUUUCGUUAGGGGCAUCGAAAUGGAAAACAAGAGCUGGUUUGGAUCUGGCUUUCCCUGGAGAUCUUGAGACCAGUAAACGCGGGAUUCAGUCAUGGGCCUAUCACGGCGAUAACGGAUGGAUUAGCACUUCUCGUGUAGGGUUCUAUGACGAAGUUCAGGAUCGCAGAGAUCCCUUUGGCCACGGCGACACAGUUGGAUGCGGGAUUGACUUCGUCAAGGGCUACGUUUUCUGGACUAAGAAUGGAAAACGGCUGAUGAAGCAAGCAUUUAACGACGUAAAUGGACGGUUGACACCAGCUAUCGGUCUGCUUGGCAAAGUCAAAAUAACCACAUCCUUCGAAGGCCCUUUCAAAUGGACGUACGGUGACACCCUGGAAUUCGAUGCCGACAUGCCAAUUGAACAAGAGAAGACCGACGGCAACGAUGCUGAAAAUUAAAAGAAUAUUUUGACGCUUGAAUCAAGGACAACAACGGAAGAAUUCGCCAUACUGUUAAGAUUGCGUUUCGUCUCUCAGAGCCCAUACCAUCCUGCAGCCACUUCAAAAAUGAAUAUCAACCUUGUCUAACCCGUGCAUUCUAAUGUUUGGACACGCAUUGAGUAUUGAGCACUCUUGGGGUGGUGUUUUCACACUCUAGAAUGAAUCAUGAUAUGAAGGAUGAAGAAUUAUCUCCUUGGAGUACUGUGAUUUUAUUUACGCCUUCACCGACG